GAACGACCAUAACGAUAAGGAAAACUCCAUUCCCGUCCCCUGCGUUUUCUUUACUCCCCUCUCCCCUGCUUCCUCCCCACUUCCACUCCUCCUCCUCCUCCUCCUCGGUUGGAUCUCCGAGAUCGAAUCCGAGGAAUUCCCGAUCCUCAUAGCCCCGCCAUGCGCUCCCGACAACCCCAGCCUCGCGCCCCCCUCCCAGCUCCCUGAUCCCAUCCGGCUUGUCCCCCAGGGCCGCUGCCGCCGUUGACGCCAAUUGGCGCCGGACGGCAUGGACUCCGGCGCCAACAGCGUCGGUUCCGUCGGCGAGUCUCCGCCGCCGGUAUCCCCUCCUGGUCGCCCGGUCGCCAAGGGCCGCGGCCUCCGCCGGUGGCGCCGUAUCCCCCGCGAGCACCACGACGACGAGGGCGGCUCCCCCGCGGGCCCCGUCGCCGCCGCAGCCCCCGCCGACGCUGGCGCUGAGGUGGACCUGGCGCAGCUCCAUAAGCGCCGUCUCCCCGUCGGCGCCGACGCGCCCAAGGGGAAGCAGGAGGUGGCGGCCGAGGAGGAUAGCCCGGUCGCGUCCGUCGAGUCCAGCUUCGUGCCGCCGGAGGCGCCUCCGUCGCCGUCCCCGGCUACGACUCCGGCUCCGGCUCCGACUAGUCUGGACCCGGAUCUUGGCCUCCUGAUCGCGUCCGCCGGCUUCUCGGUGGGCGCCGGCGGCGCCGACUCGGACAACAGCGACGACCGGACCAGCAAGUCCUCCACCGCGCUCCCGCGUCACGACUUCUCGCUUGCAGGCUUCGGCCGCGAGCGCGACAGGGGGCGGUCCCGAGCCCCUGGCGCCGCUGCUCACGCCAAGAACCUACGCACCGCACGCGCCCGUGGCGCCGGUGCGCGCGCCGUCUCUGUGGCCUCCUCCACGGUGGAACCGGAGAACUCGCGCUCCAGUGUCGAGUCUGACCUCCGCAGCACUGGCGCUGCUCACGCGCGUAAAUCAAGCGCUGGCAUCAGCAGUAAUGGCGUUCACAAGUUUCUCUACACCGAUGGCGACCACAGCGAGGAUGAAGCUCCAAGUGAGCACUUGGGGUCUGCAGCAGGAUCUUUCUAUAAGGAGAAUGGGAGUGCAGUAGGGAGAAUGGCAAUGGGGAAUGGUGAUUUGUAUGCCCAUGGUCAUGGAUUUCAUGAAGGGAGCAUCAGCAAGGGUGAGAAUGGAGGGAUCCAUUCAGGUCUUGAUCCGUACACCGAUUCAAUGUCGUUGCUUCAGUCAGCACAAGAAGCACUGGAGAAUGAGCUCCAAAUGUUUGUGGAAAUUGGGAAAGAAAGCAGUGACAAUUCCACGGACAUUUACAAUGAAAAUGAAUGGAUCAGUUCACCCAAUUGCGAAUAUUUUUCAGAAGAAAUAAGUGAAAAGUUGAAGCUUCUAGAGUCCAAACUGGAAGAAGCUUCCCUUCUUAUCGAUGAGAAGGAUUCAAGAAUACUUGAACUUGAUACACUCAACCAGACACAACCAAGAGAAGCAGCUCUAUACAAUAGCAAGCUGCUGUCCCUACAGUCUGAAGUUGAUCAACUGCUCAUGGAGAAGAUGGAGGCCGAGAUCCAGUGCUUCAUCCUGAAAAGAGCUUCAGAAGCUUGGCAACCCCAGACCGAGGGUCAGGGCACUCUUCAUGAAGCACAGAAGUCUCUGUCGGAGGACCAUAAACAGCUGGAGGUCAAGCUUCGGCACACCGAGAAUAGAGCAAGGACGCUAGAGGAGAUGGUUGAGAAGCUAGAGUCACAGUGCAAAGAGCUGUCGAACGCUUCAGAGGUCCUGAAGCUGCAGGCCGGAGCAAGUCGAGCUUCGCUUUUUUGUUCCGUUCAGUUAGUGCUGCUGUGCGUCGCCGUGUGGACAUUCGUGGCGCGGUUCUUGCCCACUCCUCCCGAAUUUGUACCUACUUGAUGAGGUUAGAAAGUUUCUCUGCGGAUGAGCCUCUGUGUAGACAUUAUUGAAAAGUUACUUCAUGUAAUCUAUUAGGCAUUUGGUGGCCUUAUAAAUUUUCUGUUUGUAACAUCAACUCAGAUUUUGUUAGUUACCAUCACUUUACUGUACUUAUUCACAAAUCUUCUUGCUGUUUCUCUCUUCUCUGUAUCCUGGAAAUGUUAAUGAAAAUUACAAUAUCCCAGUGUAA